UGCCCCAUUGACGGGGUUUGCUACCGACACCUGCAAUCAAUCGCUCUCUGUCUCUCUCCCCGCCAUUUGUGUUUGGAUCCGAAAAAAUUUCUCAUUGAAAAUCCCCGAUUCCUCUCCGAUCUUUCUGCGCUCGAUCGAUCUCAAGCUGCUCCAAAAUGGCUCCCGCGACCGACAACAAUGUCGACGACAGCAAUCACGAGGAGUCCAGUCCUCUCCUGAUCAAACACGCGGCUGAGGAUGAGAAGAAAACCAGCCACGUGGCUAAGAACGCCGAUGAACCUCCAGUGAAGGCUCCGGCCCCGGUGCCCGCAGAGAAUGGGUACGGAUGGACCGCCGAUGGGCUGCCGUUGGGCCACGGGAGCGUGGUCGGCGAGCCGAUGGAGCGGAGUCUGUGGGACUCUAGCCUCUGCGCUUGCCUCGGCCGCAACGACGAGUUCUGUAGCAGCGAUCUCGAAGUCUGUCUUCUUGGAAGUCUUGCGCCUUGUGUGCUCUAUGGAAGUAAUGCGGAGAGGCUCGGGUCUGCUCCUGGGACCUUUGCAAACCACUGCCUGCCAUACUUUGGUCUCUACCUGAUUGGAAAUUCCUUCUUUGGCCAGAACUGCAUUGCUCCCUGGUUUUCCUAUCCUACCCGCACAGCUAUCCGUCGGAAGUUUAACCUAGAGGGUAGCUGCGAAGCCCUUCACAGGUCAUGGGGGUGCUGUGGGAGCAUUGUGGAGGAUGAGAUGAUGCGGGAGCAGUGUGAGUCCACUUGUGACCUGGCCACUCACGUGUUUUGCCACCUAUGUGCCCUCUGUCAGGAGGGCCGGGAGCUUCGCCGCAGGCUCCCUCAUCCUGGCUUCAGCACCCGCCCUCCCGUAUUUGUCAUGGUCCCUCCCGAGGAGCAGACUAUGGGCCGUGGAGCUUAAGAUGGACCCUGUUAUCUCGAGUACGUGAACAAGACCUUUUAGUUCAUUAUCUAUGUAAAUGAUGUGCCCGUGAUAUCAUGGUGAAGCUAUGUGGUGUUUGAAGUUAUGCACGGUGUAUCGUGUAGUUGGCCUUUCUUGCUGAACUGAUAUAAAGGUAAAAGCUUCGGAUACUUCUCCAUGGUGCUUUUUCAUUAUACGUGAUUGAUUACUUUGUUAUA